AUGUAUGCCCCUCUCCUUCACCUCCUUUCUUUUCUGUGUUUCAGUCCAACUCUCUUUUUAGAUUCAAUUGAACAUAAUCUACAAUGAAUCAAUCCGAUAUACAUCAUUCAGCCCUGGAAACCGGCCAGGAAGAGAAACAGAAGACAGAGGGUCCAACUCUCCCCGACGACAUCCAAAAAGCAGAAACUACACCUUACCGCCAAGAUGUUUUUGGCGAUGAAGAGCACGCAGAGGUCAAAUACAAGACUUUGAAGUGGUGGCAAUGCGGCCUUCUAAUGGUCGCCGAAACAAUCUCCCUUGGCAUCCUCUCCCUCCCCGCCGCCGUAGCCGGCCUAGGCCUCGCCCCAGCAAUCAUCAUCCUUAUCUCCCUAGGCCUAGUAGCUUCGUACACAGGCUACGUUAUCGGACAAUUGAAAUGGAGAUACCCGCAUAUAUCCAGUAUGGCGGACGCAGGCGAGAUUCUCAUGGGAAGAUUUGGUAAAGAGAUACUCUUCGGGGGACAGAUAUUGUAUCUUAUUUUUUUGAUGGCGAGCCAUUUGUUGACAUUUACGGUUGCUAUGAAUACGAUUACGACGCACGGGACUUGUUCGAUUGUGUUUGGGGUUGUGGGGUUGGUACUGUCGUUGGGGUUGUCGUUGCCGAGGACGUUGAAGAAUAUGUCGUGGCUUUCGUUGGCUUCAUUUAUCAGCAUUUUCACAGCCGUUCUCCUGACAAUGAUUGCAAUCGCUAUCCAGAACCCUCGCCCCGUUAUAAAAGCAACUGUUCCAACAAACCUCGUUACCGGCUUUACUUCAGCCCUCAACAUUUCUUUAUCCUACGCAAGCCACAACAUCUUCUUCAACGUGAUCGCCGAACUCAAGGACCCAAAAGACUUCCCCAAAGCACUCACCCUGCUGCAAUGCAUUGACAUCACCCUGUACCUCGUCGCAGCAGUGGUUAUAUACUGCUAUGCUGGUGAUAGCGUUGCUUCUCCGGCACUCGGCUCAGCAAGUCCGCUCAUCUCGAAGAUUGCAUAUGGCCUUGCAUUACCGACUAUUAUCAUUGCCGGCGUCAUAAGCGGCCACAUCGCCUGCAAAUCCAUAUACACGCGCGUCUUCGCCGGCACAGACCGAAUGCACAAGCGAGAUUUCACGGCCGUAGGGUCGUGGAUUGGGAUCGCUGUGGCUCUCUGGGUCGUCGCGUGGAUUAUCGCGGAGGCAAUUCCGGUGUUUAGCAAUCUACUCAGUCUCAUGACUGCCCUAUUCGCCAGCUGGUUUAGUUUUGGUCUCCCGGGUAUGUUCUGGCUGUAUAUGAAUAAGGGAUUGUGGUUUGCUUCACCCAGAAAGAUAUGUUUGACGGUGGUUAAUGCGCUUUGUAUUUGUAUUGGUGUGAUUAUGUGUGGUCUUGGUUUGUAUUCUUCUGGCAAGGCGAUUCAUGAUGAUUCGAGUAGUGCUAGUUUUUCAUGUGCUGCUAAUGAUGCGUAACUUGUGUGUUUUAGCGAGAUCGAUUGCGUAUUUAGCCAUCUCAAAGAAUGCUUUAUUGAUAUAGUUACGAGACAAGGCAUGCUAGAAAAAUAUAGUUCCCCAUUCGGAUUGUACAUAUGUACAUCAUGCUAGUAACCUAAGCAAACAGAGAUGAGAUGCUCUUCGCCCUUCUAAAAUAGCAUGAAGCGAAUCAAUCGUAAGAGUACAGGCUGAAAACGCUAUUUUAGAACCGUAAAACAAUAAACACAAUGUUGUAAAGUAGGGAUAUAAGCGACACGAAAGAAGUAAAAGGUAAAAAAAAUUCAUUUCCCAAAAUACACUCUAGGUUCACACCUUUCAUUGUUUCGACAAAUCAUCUUGUUGAAUAUCGGCAGUGUCCUGCUCCGGGUUCUGGCGAGAGGCUUCAUUCGACGCCUGCUCCUGCACGCCAAUGGCCUUUGCAGCAA